UGAGUGAGAAUUUUCAGCUGUCGGGUUCAUCAAAAUUCUCAGCGUUUCCCUUUUUUUCUUUAAUUAAAAUGUUCAGAAAAGCAGACCCCAUCUGACGAAACCGCGUCCAUUUCUUUUCUGAUUGAUUUAUUAAUCAUUUCCAGAUUCCCCUUCUUCUCUCCUCGUCGUUAAUGGCGGAUUCUUCCGUACUCUCCUUCUGAAAUCCCCCUCCUGUUCAAAUCGUACUUUCGAGUUCAUAAUCCUCUGGUUUUCCCCGAUUUUUCUGAGAGAAUCGCCGAUUCCGACUCUCGAUUGCUCCGAGUAAGUUUCGAUUUCUGCUGCUGUGUGCUGCGUCUGAGAUUUAAUUUGUGUUUUGGAUCUCGAUUUUGUUUUGUUCUGUGGCAUUGUGGGUUUUAGGGUUGAAUUUGAAGAAAAUGGGGAAAACGGCGAGGGAUUGGACUCAGAUCUACGCGAUCUACGGCGUGGAUCAAUGGCAGACCAUAGCGUUUCUUGUCCUUCAUGCUGUGUUUUUCACUGCUCUCUCUGUUUUUUACCUCACUUACUUCGAACCAAUCUGCUCUUUCUUCCACCUCCUCUUCUCCGCCGGCUCCGCCCGUUUCGCCGCCGGGUUCACCGGCUGCGUCACCGCCCUCUCCGCCUUCUGCCUCUUCUUCGCCGCCGCCAACAUCUUCUACUCCUCCCUCCCCCUACGCUACGAGAUGGCCCUCCGCAUGGUCAACGCCGUCCACGAUUGGUCAACCGUGAAACACGCCCUCGAUCUCGGCUGCGGCCGUGGCAUUCUGUUAAACGCCGUAGCCACCCAACUCAAGAAGGAGGGGAGUUCGGGUCGGGUUGUUGGGUUGGACAAGAGCAAACGGACAACCUUGUCGACGCUCCGGACGGCGAAGAUGGAGGGCGUGGGUGAGUAUGUCACAUGUCGGGAGGGCGAUGCGAGGCGGUUGCCGUUCGGGGACAACUACUUCGACGUGGUGGUGUCCGGCGUGUUCGUGCACACGGUCGGGAAGGAGCACGGGCCGCGCACGGUAGAGGCGGCGGCGGAGAGGAUGCGGGUGGUCGGAGAAUUGGUGAGGGUGUUGAAGCCCGGCGGGACCGGGGUCGUGUGGGACCUACUGCACGUGCCGGAGUACGUGAGGAGGUUGCAAGAAUUGAAGAUGGAAGACAUAAGAGUCUCCGAGGGCGUAACGGCCUACAUGGUCAGCAGCCACAUUGUGUCCUUCACCAAGCCACGUCAUCACUCUGUGGGGUCCGGGGAGGUCCGACUGGACUGGAGAUGCUGACGUGACAGUGACUCAUUGCCUACGUCAGCUUUUAAGUAGAGAAAAAAAAAUCCUCUAAUUUUAAUUAUAUAAGAUUAUGCUAAAAAAAAAGAAAAAAAGAAUUAAUAGGAUGUAGCAUCUGGGUAGGCGAAGCAGACCCAGAAGAGCCAAUGGAAAAAUAUACAUGAAAUAAGAUACAUAAUUAUGCUAAUGUUUUAUUUGUUUAUUUUUGCUUUUUUGCUC